GCAAAAAAUUGUUUAUUUUUGUUGUUAUUUUUGAUAGAAAGUUGGUAAACGAGAUGGAAUUUAUUGAAAAUCCUCAAGUAUGGUGUAGCUUCGUGAAUUUAGUCUAUACAAGAAUCACAGACAUUUACAAUGAUAUCCUUCAUCAUCAAAAUCAAUCACCUGAAUGUGAAAUCUGCCCAAAAAAUCGCAAAACAAUUUCAUUUAUCAAAGAUCAUCUAUUUCUCAUUGUAAGAAUAAAUCUUCAACCCGAGGAGGAAGAGCAAGGAACAGGAGUUGAUGUUACAGCACAGAGAAAGAAAGAAUCUGAGAAAUUCAAAGAAGAACUAGUGGACUGCAACAAGGAAAAUGAAGAAUCAUUUACUGAGUCUGCAAACUAUAUCUUUCCGGAACACUAUAUGUUUGAUCAUGAAUCCAAUAUCGAUGAAGAAAUUAACAAUACCCCGAACGAUAAACAAGAUAAUAUAAAACAAGUAGUUGUAAAUUGCAGUGAAUCUGUCAAUGAAACCGACGACGAGAAACAAAAAUGUGAUACCACCGAUAAAUUGUAUGAAUGUGCUCUAUGUCACGUAAAAGUAUCUCAAAAAUGCAACCUUGCCCAGCACAUGAUAUGGCAUCUCAGAAAAGUAUACCCCAAAAGAAGGAGCAAAGAUGAGAAAUUUUUCCCAAAAUGGAAGAAACUUGGCAAGAAAAAAUGUCCAUUGUGCAAGGGCAUCUAUAAGGAGAAGCAUGAAUGUAAGGAAUUAGGACAGCAAACUCGCACAAAAUACUCAUGUACCUAUUGUCCAGAAAUAUUUACUACAUACCGCAAAAUUUACAUUCAUCAUAAAGCCAAUCAUCUGGACAAACCAAAGCCCGUGUCCCCGUAUCAAUGUGAAAUAUGUGGAGCUUCUGCAAUACGAUUACACACUUUAAAACGGCACAUGAUGUUUCACACAGACAAUUAUCCUUUUGAAUGUGAUUUGUGUAAGAAGAAAUUCAGAACCAGUCAAAAAAUGAAGGAACAUAGAGAAACACAUCUUCCGAAAGAUGAGAGGAAUAUUAGAAAUAAAUGCAAAAUUUGUGGGAAACAAUGCUACUCAUCGACAACAUUAAAAACUCAUAUAUCUUUGAGGCACAAGGAAAGAGAAACGUUUAAAUGUAAUAUUUGCGGAAGGGAGUUCUUAAAAGAUUUAUCCUUAAAAAGGCAUCUACCAGUUCACGAUGGUGAAACCGGUCGACAUCACAAAUGCGACAUUUGUGGAAUGAUUUUCAAAAGCUUCAGAUAUAUGAAACAGCAUCGGAAAAGAAAGCAUGAGCUCAUAGAUGAGAUGAUUGAAGAAAAAUCUGCCAUAAUAUAAUCUUUUGUCUUUGUACUCUACAUUAAAUUUUGGAGAAUAUAAUUUCAGCCUCUAAGAUUA